AUGUCUGCUCCACCGGAAAAGGGGAAUACCGCUCCUCACAAACGAAAUUUUAGUUCUGGGAACAAUAGCAAUAGCGGAACAAACAAUAUUUUGACUGAUAACAAUCAACAUGACAAAUCACACAUCCAUCCAAACGUUUCCUAUGAAUCAUUAGCACGGAAAAUGAGUAAGAAGACCAAUAGAUAUAUUAUGUCGUCACUUCCAUCUUAUCCAUUGCUUGAUACUUUUUCCUUGCUUUGCAUUUUGGUGAUUUUUCCACAUUGGUUGAGCGCCAUCAUUAUGAUCCUCUAUGUUUUCCUCGGCCAUCCUGACUUCCUUGAAAUUAUACUAGCAAUAUUUCUUAAGCAUAGACUAAAUAGGAACUCACCAACCCAUUUGGCACCAAGAGCUCAAAGGGCAAAAACUUUUUCGUUUUUACAACUAGUUAUUUACCUAGUCUUUGACGCUUCCAUCAUGGCAAUGAUGUUCUUGUUUACGCCAUAUACUGUACCAUAUAUUAUUUUAUUAGCAAAAUCAUUUUUAGCAAGUAACUUAAUAUCUUUGAGGAACAGGUACAUAUUAGAUGCUUUUAUAUCAUGUUCACUGCUAAUAUUGUUGGAGUCAACAUCGUUAUACAUUAUUAGGCAUUUUGAAAUUUUCCGUGGUGACUCUCUUUUAUCUCUGACUUCUGACUACUCUUCCGCUGAAAUAUUAUAUCCCCUUUAUUAUUCAUCCCCAGCAAGUGUUACAAAAACUUUAAUUUACUAUUUAUCAUUCAACAGAUUUGGUCAGAAUUCCGCUUUUAUGUUUCGAAUGGAAUAUGCUGUACAGUUUUUACAUUCCACAUUUUCCUUGUAUAUAAUUUUGCACAACUUGAAUCCUAUUUUCAGGAAAGUUCAAUUGGUUGAUAAACUUAUAUGUUUGAUUCAGGAUUACAUCAUAUCUGCUCCAAAUGAUGAUAUUGAUCUUAGUUAUUCUACCAAUGAGAAAAGCCAUUUAUUUCAGUCAAGUAGCAUGUCCAAAGGUCAAAAUGUUUUUAUAAUACCUAAGGAAAUAUCAUGUGCUCCUUUACCAACAUUAAGAUCCCACAUAAUGACUGUAGAUGAAUCUGAAGAUGAAAAUGCUAGAACUUUAGAUGAAGUCAUCAAUAGCAAAUUAAAGCAAGACAUUGAUGAAGGUAUACAAAGUGAUGCUGUUUAUGGGGUCAAUGUUGGUGAUAAUAUUGAGAAUAGGGAGUCGAAUACAGAAACAGGAAUUCCGAUGCACUUUCCUGAGGAUCAUCAGGUUCUGAAUUUGAACGACGUAUCAUCACCUGGGUACGUAGUUGCACAAAACUUUGAGAAUUUUUGUCGCAUGAUUUGGUCUUCAACUUCGAAUUUGCUUUACAUCUCCAGAACUCCUUCUCUAAAGGUUAACGAUUUUACAACGAACUCUACUAAUAAUGCAACAAAUUCUGUUGGCAUAAAUAAAAAAACACUUUCUCAUAAAAGAAGUUUUGGAAAACUUAAGAAUAACACAAAUAUUCCUCCUUCUUCAAAUGUUGAAAAGCGAGUCAAAGUCAAUCUUUUGAAAUAUCAACAACCAUUGUGGACGUUUUUCAAUGCGAUGAGAGCCAUGUUUUCAAGAUAUGACAUUUAUUCUGGUGAUUACUACUCGCAAAAUGCUAUGGUUACUACGGGUAAUGGAGCUGAGGAUUACGCCAGAAGCAUAAAUUCCUCGUCUCAAUGCUUCAUUUGGUUCACUGGAGAAACAACACUGGUUUUUGAACUUCAUAAUAUUAGCCUUGAACAAUUACUUAUCAAGGUUAAUGGUAUUAUAUGGGAACAUGUUUCUUCAUGUGCCUUUUUUGGUAGAGAGAUGAUCAUCAUAAAUGGUUUGAGUCCCCUAAGUCAGUAUGACAUUGAUUUCGUGAAAAUCACACUGAAAGGUGAACUUGUUCAUCUCACUACAACUACAGUUUCGACGGUGUUUCAGAACAAGAUUGUCACAGAAUCGACUAGCUCAUCACCCUUAUCUACAUUGCAGAGAUCGGUUGUGACUACUCAAGAAGCAAUCGAGCGAGAAAAAGCUAGAUUGAAAAAGCUAAAGUCUGAUUGGAAGAAGAAAGCUGCUCAAUUGAAAGCAGAUAUAGAAAACUUGAAUAGUCGGAAUAAGCCGUCGGAUGAAAGUAGAAACUACAAAAAGCUUGACAGUCUGCGCCAGGCGAUUACUAAGUCAGAUACAGAAGCUGCUCUUUUAUCCAAAGAGGGAGAGCGUGUUAGAUUAUUGCAAACAGAACUUGAAGAAAACUUUAUGGAAGCGAAAAGGCACCACGAGGUUGUUCUGCGUUUGUACAACAAAGCUCAGAAUGAUGCUAAAGUUGAAGUAUCUAAAAUUGAGUCCAAAAUUAGUGCUUCUCGUGCUGAGAAAAACCAACUAUUGAUAAAAAAAGAGAAGAUUAUUUCAAAGAAACUUCGCAUUCAUCAUGACGUUGAACUUUUAAACAAUGAACUUGAAAGCUUGAGGAAAACUGAAAUUGCUCUUAGGGUGGAGCGAAGGAAAAUCAGAAGUAUCCAAAGAGAAGAGAAGUAUAAUUUGUUGGUAAAAGAUAUUGAAACAGUUUUGAAUAGCUUGAAGAUGAAAGCCUUGAAUGAUUUUGGUGUAUAG